UUGAAACACGCGCAAUAUGGCGUCGAUCGUAGCAUACCUGAAUUAUAAGUCAUAGCAAUGCUUUAUUUCAAACGACGCAGCAUAAAAAUCUAAAGUUAAUUUGUUUGGUUUCGUUCGAGUGUAUGGAUACCUGACGUAUGUGGCGACAACAUCGAAAGUCGAACAUCUUACUGCAUUAUCUGUGAUAAAGGAAAACAUGACAUCUACUGAAGCGGAGAAAGACGAACUGAGUCUGACAGACGACGAAGAGGAGUUUGAAGAUGAAGUGCUACCGGAGCUUCAGGGCACUCUGAGUAAAUGGACUAACUACUUACACGGUUGGCAAGACCGUUUCAUCGUGCUUAAGGAUUUUACUCUAAGCUACUAUAAAUCUGAAGAUGAGACGGCAUUUGGAUGUCGUGGGGCUGUUAGUCUGACCCGUGCCAGUGUGACGCCACAUCAGUUCGAUGAAUGCCGAUUUGAUGUCAGUGUCAAUGACAGCCUAUGGUACCUUCGAGCUUCUAGCAAUGAAGAAAGGCAGCGGUGGGUCGAUGCCAUUGAGCUUCACAAGCAGGCAGAAUCAGGUUAUGGCAGUGAAAAUAAUCUCCGUCGUCAUGGCUCAAUGCUUUCCCUCACUUCAGGCACCAGUCUGUCCACUGCAUCAACUUCUUCCUUUAAGCGUGGUAGAGGGCUUAAGGAGAAGUUGGCAGAGAUGGAGACUUUCCGAGAUAUCCUGUGCCGACAGAUUGACACGCUGCAGAGUUACUUUGACAGUUGUGCCUCUGCUGUAGCCCAAGGUGCAGCUCAUGAAUUGGACCAUGAUGACCUGGAAGAUGAUAUUGACCUUGAGCGUCUGGGACCAAACUCACCUGAAGUACAUUCAGGACAUAAUGCAGGGGUUCGCCUGUCUGGAAAAGAUUUAGCAUCUGUUUUGCGGCAACAUGGAGGCCAUGCUGUAGACUUCAAAGGAGAGGCCUUCACCUUUAGGGCAACCACUGCAGGAAUUGUUGCCACUCUUUCACACUGCAUUGAACUUAUGAGCCAGCGUGAAGAUGCCUGGAAGAAGCGUCUCGAAAGGGAGGUAGAGAGGAGGAAAAAAUAUGAAGAAGCUUAUAAAGCUACAGUUGCUGACAAGAAGCCACACAUUGUUGGAGGGCCAGACUAUGAGGAGGGGCCUCAUUGCAUGAUUACAGAGGAUGAGUUUUACGAUGCUGUGGAUGCCACAUUAGACAAGCUUGAGAAGGAAGAAGAAAAGAAGAAAAAGGAACUGUCACUUCCCAAACCACAGCAAGUGAUAUCCUUGUCACCAAACCACCCUCUUUAUGAUGAGAUUAAUGAGGUGACCAGUGCACACAUGCGACGGCUGCUUACAUCAUCUCAGGAAGAGGAAGACAUUUUGUGGACGUGCAUCACAGACCAAGGGGACCUCAAGGUCUUCACCAGGAAGUUGGAAGAGAAUGGCAUUGUUAUUGACCCCCUCAAGGCUGUUGCUACAGUCAGGGGUAUUACAGGGCAUGAGGUUUGCUAUUAUUUCUGGGAGUUUGAAAAUCGUUUGGAAUGGGAAGCCACGUUGGAGAGCACCCGCAUUGUUGAGUGGCUGUCAGAUGACACGUUCAUCAACAACAAUGUCAUCAAACGGGUAUGGCCAGCCUCACAACGAGAUGCCUGCUUCUGGUCCCACAUCAGACAUAUCACAGCCAACAGUGACGAAGGCCCAGACUCGUGGAUAGUUGUCAACUACUCCACAGACCAUUCUAACUGCCCAGCUAACAAAUAUGUACGCAUUACCAUGAAUGUGGCCAUGAUCUGUCAAACAAUCAUUGAGCCCCCGGCCAAUGGAGGGGAAAUCUCCCGUGACAAUAUCACAGUCAAAAUCACCUACACUGCUGAUGUAAACCCAGGAGGAUGGGCACCUGCAUCAGCAUUGCGGACAGUUUACAAGCGGGAAUAUCCACGUUUCCUGCGACGCUUCACUCAAUAUGUGAUAGAUAAAACCAAAGACAAGCCCAUUCUCUUUUAAGACCUGUUCUGAAGUGGUCCCAUUAUUUUGAUAAUUUUUUUUUUUCUCCUUGCCUUAACUCUGCCUCAUAGGUUUUCAUGUCAGAAUUAUGCCACUGGAGAACCUUUUCCAGAAAUUUCUCUGCUGUAUAUACUGUACAUACUGUUCUUGGACCAGUUGCCCUUAUGUUGGUCAAGACAUUCUGCAGCUGGCAUAUAACUUUCCAUGGUCUGCAUUGGCUCAAUAAUUGUGUACCCUGGUAUCCCUUUUGCAUUAAGAGGGGUUUCUUUUUCUCAUGGGAAAACAUGACUUUGAUCUUUGGGUGGGAUAUCUAUAGCUGCUCCACUUGCAUUGUUCUGAAUGUUAUAGUGAAUGUUCAAUAUGUCCUUUGGAUUUUCUUGCUGAUUAAUGUUAUUUUACAUGAAUCAUCAUGUAUUGCAUUGUGUGAAACUAGUGGGUGAUUUCUAAUUUUAUAUCUGUUGAGAAAUGUGUGCAGAAGGUUGUUGACAUAUGUAUAAGUUUAAAAUCCAGUUUUUAUUAUCAAAGAUAAAUCAUUUCAAGACGCCCUGUUUAUGUCGGUGCAAUUUGACCAGUGUGAUAAGAAGAGAUGCCAGUAUCCUGUUAUCAUUAGUCUGGGCCCAGAUAAUACGCAUGCAUGGUAGGACUUAUGAAGCUCUAAUGCAUAUAUACCGACACAGUGCUCGCCUACUAAGAUAUAAUAGUCCAAUGCAGCUUUAUUUAAAUGGCCCAUCAUCAAGGAGGAAAUAUUUUUUUCAAAAACAAAAGACCUCAUCAUUCAUGUAACUCCUUAUGUCAAUCCUCCUUUUCUUGCAGUAAGCUCAUCAGUUUGCCUUUUGUUGAUGGUGAUGUGAAUGCUUAUGUUGCCAAGGCAGUUGUAGUCUUCAUGGUCAAUUUGUAGAUUUGAGCAAGUGGCACAGAUGAAUGACCUUAAAAUGGAGGUUGUCUACCUUUCAUUUGUACCAUUUCCACAGGCCCAAAAGUCAGUGAACCAUAGUUUAGAUUUUCUCUUUUGCAUGCCAGGGUUAUUCCCUGUCAGUGCUCUGAAUAGACAUUCCAUAUUCAAAGUUUUGUAUUGGCUUCUCUCAGAAUUACAAUACUGAAGCAGUUAUGGCUGCUAUUGUACUUGAGGACUGUGAACUCAAAAACCUUAGGAUCCCUGCAUAUUUGUGUUGAUUCACACACCAGUAUUAUUUGUUUAUGUAAAUGGAAGGCUGUUUUCAAUUUCUUUCUGCAAAGGUAGAUUUAGUCUUCUUUUGCAUGUUGUCAAAGGAACUGGCAUAUAACUCUGCUCCUUAAAAACAACAGAUUCUCUAAAGGACUAACAAGAAAAUUUUAACCAUUUUUGUAAAGUCUUUUGUUUGGAUGAUUGUUAUGUUGUUUUCCUCCAUUUUGAAGAAAAGUAAUUCUGAAUAUUUGUUUUUUCCUUUGAAAUACAAAUGAUGUUUCCUUGAGAAAGUGAUUUUAGAGAUUAUUUCCUAAUAGUUAAAUAUCAGUGUGGUACAUAUUAUUAAAGCCUCUAACUUCUCUAUGGGAGGUGGUCUAAUUGCAACUUUCUUUGACGUGUGUCAUGAUACAUACAAAAUGCUCAGAAAGAAAGUGUUUUAAUAUAGAUUUUUCUUGAUAAAACAUGCAGUCGUGAUUUUAUUAAACUGAUGAUUUGGGCAUUUUUCAGAUUAAUGUAUACUUUAUAUUUCACAUUUAGUGGCAUACAGUGUUGUUAACAUAAGAUUUCACUAGAUUCUCUGCACCAAUAAAUGAACGUUAUAUUUUCCACCCUGAAAACUGCCUUAUCAUGUGCUGAAAAUCUUCAUGUGAGUUUCACAGCUCACAGGUUCUUAGGUGUGAAAUAAUCCUUCCUUCUCAGAUUUGUCUAUAUGUACAGAGGUUAUUUAUGAAUGGUCUACCAGAUUAUUUUCUAAUAAUUUCCUGAUUUGGUCAGUAGCUACUGUCUAUAUUAAAAUUAUUUAAAGUAGCAAAAUCAGGUCUCUGACUUGGUGUUGUAAGCCUUUAUUUGUGCAUAGUCCACAAGUGCUUUUAUUGCUGCAUGCUUUCAUCCCAUUUUCUACAUCCUGCUCCAUGUUGUGGAAAAUCCCUUUCCUCUGGCACAAUAUAUCAAAAUUUAGUAAACAUUACAGAAGAAUGUGGCAGAACUUUGGUUUAAAACAUACUUUGGGUAUACUGCCCAUUCCUCCCACCCACCCAUCUUGCAUGCCACAUCCCCAGUUGGACCUUUGUUCCAGCAAACCAUCCCUUUUUUUUGUUGUUCAACAAUAGUUUAAUAUUUAUUUGGUUGUUGACUUGCAUGCUUUGAACAUGUGCCAAAUAGUUCUUAAUCGUAAGUUGCUGAUUUCUACACUUGAUCACCAAGUAAAACAAUUUUUUCAUGUAAAUGGACCAUUACAUGAUAUACAAUCUCCUUUACAAUAUUUCCCAUAAGUGCAUGGUGAUAAAUCUUACUCAGUUACAGAUGUAUACGGUAACCACAGAAUAGACCAUUUUCACAGUAAGAUUCAUUUUUACUGUGCAUGGAACAUAGGCCACAUUGGCUUUUUUGCUUCAUACUACCAGACAUAAAAUUAUCAGUAAUAGCAUUCAAAUGUCUAUCAAAUGUCAUGAAAUAAGUUGUAUAGUAUCACACAAAUGGCACUUUGAUCCUAAAUUUAAAAUUAGGCUUUUGGCUAUAAUGCAGCAACUAAGGUGUAUGACGUGACUUGUACAUUAGGAAACUGCUCACUACUAGAGCUUAUAUAGAAAUCAUCUGACAAGUGCUUAAGUGGCUAGCCCACAUUCAAGUUAGGCAGUUUUGAAAAAUACUACUUGUGCAUAGCUCGAAUUCUUUCUGAAGCCACAGCUUCCGUACACAUCACACUUGUGUAUGAGGAACAGCAAAUGAAUACAGGCUUUUUUUUUUUUCAAGAGUAGUGGGAUUAACUCCAGAGGUCCUAGUUAUUGAGACUAAGUCAUCUCCCUAGGGCAGCUCGAUGAAAAAGUACCUUGUUUUUUGAUUACAAAGCGGUCUAGACCCUAUGGACUCUUUUACUUCACAUUUCUUUAUCCCUAAGCAUCUUUAUCAAUGCUUUGUAACUACAGUUCUGGGAAUAACACAUCAUCUGCAGGGUCUGAAAACCACUUUAUGACUUCAGAAAACAAGCUUUUCUUUGAGUCCUCAUGUUACCUCAGGGCAAUGACUUACCCACCAUGACUACAGCUCCAGGCAGGAAGUAACAUUCCCACAUCCAGUAGAAGUUUUGUAAAUUUAUUUUUUUAAGCAAAAAUGAAUCAACUUGUUUUGGCAAGAAUAUUUAUUUGUCAUGUGCAAGACUCAUCUUUGAUGCAGUAGCCAUGAGAUAGCUUUACUCUGUAUUCUGAAAAAUUACUUUUGAUUCCCAUGAACAGCAGUAGUCUGGUAUAAGUUGUACCCUUUUCACACCAGUGGGUAUAAGCUGACCUUUUACUUGCUGCUCCCUUACUGCUGUACAAAUGAUAUUUUAAUACUUCUUUGACUGUUGUCUGUUUAUAGUUGUUGAUCUACUAGACUUGUAUAAUUAGCUGUUGAAAACCUUACUGCUGGUGAUGAAAAUAUUUAUACAAACACUUCACCUCUUUGUACAAAGCAUGUUGAUUGCUUCUGUCAGCCUGUGUGCUGGCAUUUGCUGCUAUUUUGACAUUCAGUGCUUACUGCACAGUAUCAGUACACAAGUCCUAUAAACCAGCAGAGGUAGAAACAAAAACAGCUGGUGCUGAUAUGAAAGAGGCACAGAGACUUCUGAUAAAGUUAACCCAACCAUGAUUUAGAUGUUAAAUAAAUGUACAGCUAAUUUUGAUGUAAAGAAGCCAAGCCUAGCCAAAGCAUGUGUUUUUACUGUGUUAACAUUUAUAUUAGAAUUAUUGUGUCAGGACUAUUAAAGCACUCAUGUUCAGAAAAGCAAAUUCAGCUUGUGCUAACUUUAUUAUUACUACUUUGGUAAAAUAAAUCAUUUCAUCCCUUUUAGUUGUUGCAGUUCACGCUUUAUAGCUGCACCAUAAAUCAUAUAGCUUAUUGCCAGCAUGCCCAGCACCUGUAUAGACAUGAUUGUACAAAAUGGUAUCCAAUCUGAUGAGGUUUUAUAGUUGUUUACAUAAUUAUAUAUGCAUCUGAUUCUAUUUGAACCUGGGCAAACCUGAGAGUGUUGAAGUGUUUUUUGGGGGUUCCUUUUUUACUUGUGUGUUAUGUUGUACAAAAGAAGUUAUUUGUUGUAUGGUUCUGGCAGAUGUUUUAUGGAUUUGGCCACUGUUCUAAAUAUUAAAUCCAUUUUACAAAUGAAAAAUGUAUAAAUCUUCUCUAACCCAUAUCGACAGAUAUUUACAAAGUAUGUAUAUAGUCUGUGUUAUGAGUUGCUACGUGCUCAUCCUCUAAAAAUCCUUUCCCAAUAUCCAGCAUACAAGAGGCGCUAUUUAAAAUACUAUUUUGCUGAUUCAACAUUUCACACCAUUACCUUGCUUUACUACUUUCUUUACAAAUAAAGUGUUUAACUAUAAA